AUGCCGUCGUGGGAUCGAUUGUCCUUCAUUAGAUCGUGGUCCAGGAGUCUGCGCCAGGACACAAAAGUUACGUCGCUAAGCGAGCAGCCCUCACCGUUUCGCGAGAUGGUACAGCAGGAGGCUGUCGUCGUGAGGAACGCUGUAAAGCGUUACGAGUCCGAGAAAGUGGUACUCGAUGGUCUGGACAUGACGGUGUCCAGGGGUUCCAUUUACGGAUUAUUGGGCGCUAGUGGUUGCGGCAAAACCACCCUGUUAUCCUGCAUCGUUGGUGUCCAACGUCUCAACAGCGGACAAGUGUGGGUCCUGGGUGGAAAUCCCGGCAGCGAGGGCUCCGGGAUACCAGGACCCCGCGUUGGUUACAUGCCGCAGGAAAUCUCCCUCGUGGGCGAGUUCACGAGGAACGAUGCGCUUUAUUAUUUCGGCAGGAUCAAUGGUCUCGAAAACGACGAAAUCGAGACGAGGCAGAAGUUCCUCUCAGAAUUGCUCCAAUUACCACCGGAGAAUCAUCUGGUGAGGAAUAUGAGCGGUGGUCAGCAGAGGAGGGUGUCCCUUGCCGCUGCCCUGAUUCACAGGCCGGAACUCUUGAUCUUGGACGAGCCCACCGUCGGUGUGGACCCGGUUUUGAGGGAGAACAUUUGGGCCCACCUGAUUAAAAUUACGCAGGAAGACAACAUCACAGUGCUGAUCACAACGCACUACAUCGAGGAGACCAAGGACGCGAAUAAAAUCGGUCUGAUGAGAUACGGCAAAUUGUUAGUGGAAUCGUCGCCGAAUCAAUUAUUGGAGCGAUUUCAAUGCACUUCCUUAGAAGAGGCGUUCCUGAUACUAAGUCGUUCGCAGGAAGAAAAUUUAGCUGUCACUAGCGGAUCUACGGCUCGGAAGAGCAAAGUGGAAAAUUCUGAAAACGAGAUAUCGUGCCAGGAGGAAAAUAGGCGAACAAAGGAUAAAACUACAACGUACAAGGAAAACCAGGAAAGGAAAGUGUCGCGAUGGAAAAGAUUCAAAGCUCUGAUGAUAAAAAAUAGCAUCCAGUUUCUACGUCAUUAUUCAGGAUUAGCCUUCGCGGUGUUAUUCCCGAUACUCCAAGUGUGUACAUUUUUUAUCGGAGUCGGCCGGGAUCCAAAAGGCUUGACAAUCGGCAUUGUCAAUGACGAAGCCAGCAACUGCGACGGCAACUUCGGGAACGUCUGGUACGAUGAGGAAGAAUACACAUGCCAUUUCGGCAACCUCAGUUGCAAAUUUCUGCAGCAAGUCGGUGAUUCGAUUGCGAAGAAGAAGUACUACGAAGACAUUUCCGAAGCGACUAAUGAUGUGCAGAACGGCAAACUUUCCGGCUGGAUAUAUUUUAGCCGAAACUUUUCCGAGGCUCUUUGGACUCGAAUGGAGGACUUCAUUAAUGUCGAGGAAAGCGACAUUAUCGCUGGACAAAUUCAGGUUUCUCUCGAUAUGGGUGAUAGACAAAUCGGGCUUUUCCUUCAGAAGAAUUUGUUCGAUCGUUUCUUUGAGUUCUACAAGGACGUGAUGAAAGACUGUAGGAUUUCACCGAAGUUCGCCAAUCUACCUAUUCAUCUUGAGGAUCCUGUUUACGGAGUAAUGGAUACCGACUUUAAACGUUUUAUGGCACCGGGCUACAUAUUGACGCUUCUCUUCUUCUUGGCUACUACGAUCUCUACAUCUUUAAUAAUCACAGAACGGGGAGAGGGUGUGUGGAACCGAAGUCUUGUUCAAGGAGUGACAACUGCGGAGAUUCUAACAUCCCACAUAUUGACUCAAAAUAUCAUCGUAAUCAUUAACACUACGAUGACGCUAUGUUUAUGUUUCCCCAUCUGGGGCCUAAAGUGCACAGGAUCGAUAUUCGCCGUAGUUUGGUUUGGUUUUUUCAGCGGUAUCUGCGGAUUGAUGUAUGGUUUCUUCAUCUCCGUUAUGUGUACGAAUCACACUAUGGCACAUUAUGCUUCAGCUGGAAGCCUCUUCCCGCUGAUACUUAUAUGCGGAAACUUGUGGCCAAUAGAAGGAAUGCCGAAAGUGCUUCGCUGGAUUAGCUACGUUAUGCCGAUGACCUUGCCAACCAUGUCUCUCAGAGAAGUCAUAGACAAAGGACAAUCGAUAUAUGAAUUGAAUGUGUACAGGGGCUUAUUCGUGCUUUGCGGUUGGUCAUUAUUUUUCUUUAUCGUAUGUUUAGUUGGUUUGAGAUCGAAAUCCUCAAGUUAGUUAAAACAAAUUAAGGAAAUUCACCCGAAGGAAGACAAUUAGACAUUUCCGCUAAGAAAUCAACUUCAAAUUUACUCAGGGAAACUAUCAUUAAAAUUAUGAUCACGAGGGUUGUAUAGCGCAAUGGCCUUUAUAUCAUAAUUAAUAUUAAAUAUAAGUAAAAAAAAACAAACGCGUAUAUAACAAAGCUCGUGAAUAUAAAUA